AUUUAGCCGGCGCAGUUCAUAUUAAAACGCUGUGCAAGCUAGACUUAAAACGCGCUUCAAAAUUAUUAAUUAAAAAAAAACCUUUAUUUGACGGAAUGAAAUUCAUAUUAUUGUGCGUGCUUGGUUUAAUCGUAAGCACUAAAGGAGCCGGCUUCAUUACAGAUCAAUGUAAAACGCCAAAUGAUGAAGACGGAGAAUGUGUAAAUAUUCAGACUUGCAAAUCUUUAUUGAACAUCUCGGGGAAACCUUUCAAGACAGACUGGGACAAAUUUAUAAUGAGAGCUCAUGGUGAUGCAUGUCAGCACACGGAAAAUAAAGAAGAUGUGUGUUGUCCCAUCUCCGAAAUUAUGAAGCCACAGACUACAACCAUGAAGCCAGAGACUACAACCAUGAAGAUUUACAUACCGACGAAUCAGGAAGGCUGUACCGUCGAUCGUUGUGUUAGCAUAUAUAACUGUAGUGUCUUAUUACAAAUCGCUAUGAACCCUAAUAUAACAGUAGAAGAUAGGCAAUAUUUACGUGAUAGACAGUGCAAAAAUUACGCUGAUAAAUAUAGUGUAUGCUGCCCGGAACCGGAACUGCCGCCAGAGCAUCUAGAGUGUGUAGCACCAAAGGGCGCGCCUGGUAUCUGCAUGGCUCCCGAAGAUUGCAUACCAAUAUCAAUAAUUCAUAGAAAGGAGAGACAGACACAAGAAGAUAUAAAGUUUUUACUUGAUAGCGCAUGUCCCACUCAAGAUGAGCUGAGCAUCUAGAGUGUGUAGCACCAAAGGGCGCGCCUGGUAUCUGCAUGGCUCCCGAAGAUUGCAUACCAAUAUCAAUAAUUCAUAGAAAGGAGAGACAGACACAAGAAGAUAUAAAGUUUUUACUUGAUAGCGCAUGUCCCACUC